CAUUACAAUUUUUGUAGGACGAACUAUAUAGAAUACAUCUGGCGACUUCGUCCAAUAAUUCACGAUAUAAAUUUAUUUGCGUAGAACAACUUGAACAAAAUGCCUAAUAAAAGUGAGCCUAAAUGUAUUGAGUGCCAAAAAACAGAAACUCUUCUUUGGAGGCAAACUGAGAAUGGAGAAGGUGAAAUUUGCCAAGACUGUUACCAGCAAAAGGAUACAAAAUGUUUGUUUGAAAUCAAUGCUUCUUCUAUUGAUUUCGAUAAAACAAAUGAGGAAUUUAAAAAUAAAUCACAGAAAGAUGUAAAAGACCCUAAUGAAGGUAGGCUUGUUACCACCGCAGAAGAAAAAAAGCUUCGUAAAAGUACCAGAUCUACUCGGUUUAAAGCAAAAGGGUCAAAUUCAUCCAGCAAUAACACUCUGCCCAAUUGUAAUGUCCAGAGCAAUACAAACAAUGCUAAAGUUCAGAGCAAGGGACGUAGCAGACGUAACAUCUUCAAAAAAAUACCAUUCAAAACACCAGUAGCCCAAGCCACUACACAUGUUGUAGAUAGUUUAUUUUACAAAGGAUCUUAUCUGCAAGUUGGCGAUAUUGUGUCUUUAAUGGAUGAUAAGCACAACAUAUACUAUGCCCAGAUUCGAGGCCUUUUAGUUGACAACUACUGCGAAAAGUCUGCAUUUCUCACCUGGCUAAUUCCGACGCAAGCUAGUCCGGACCCGCAUGAUGGAUUCGAUCCGGCCUCGUAUUUAAUAGGACCAGACGAAGAGAUUUCCCGAAAACUUUCCGCCCUACAGUUCAUAAUGCAUGCACCAAGCAAUUACUAUUUUGAUCGAACCACACCUUUUCCACUACCAGAUGCUAUGGAACCCGAUGGGAAGGCGAGAGGUUUCAUCUGGACUACGCUUCCCGAAUUUGAACGAAAAGUGAAAUAACACUUCAAAAAGACGGUUAGAUUAAAUGGUUAAAACACAA